AUGGCGAAACAUCACCGCAUCCCGACGCUGGCGGAAAACAUCAACCGUUCGCCCCGGUUGAGCUACCUCUCCUCGCACUCGCAGUCGGCGUCCUUCAUGAGCGAGGGCGGCGAGAUCACGGAGCUAAUGGCGCUGGACGAGUCGGAGAACCUGCUGAACGAUCAGGCCACCCCGGUGCAGGUGAUCAGCGGCAGCUUCGGUAGCUACGCGAGUGGUACCCUCGCCGGGCAGCUCACACCGGGCGGACGGAUUGGCCCCGGGCUGGGGCUACUGUCCGGUGGACCGAACGUCACUACCAUCAACGGGGGUGCUGGAGGUGGAGGCAUCAGUCCCGGGGUCGGCAGUUACGGUGAUGGGAGCGAACGCUUGGAGGAGCUCGGGAUCACCUUCAACGAGCACCUGCUGUACGGGGCGGUCGGUGGCAAGCUGCUGCCUAACUCACCCGCGGUCACGAUCCUGGAAAUGGCCGGGGGUGGUAGUGCGACGGCGGCACUCCGGCAGAAAAACUUCAAGCGCAAAUCGACGGCCACGGCCGCCAUCGUGGCGUCCGGUGAGCAGACGUCCUUGAACGCCAUCGGAUUGCAGCUGUCGGUGGACCGUGGCGGACCGCAGGAAUGGGGCGAAGCGACCAGAAGCUACGUGAAGGCCCAACGGCGUCACGCCGGGCGGGCCACCUUCCAGGGCCAGGUGUACAAUUUCCUCGAGCGUCCGGCCGGCUACAAGUGCUUUGUCUACCAUGUGUCCGUGUAA